CCGAGACCUUCCUGUCUACUCACAUCUUAUUCUUAGGAAUCAGAAUGCCCCCAAUUAGCGGAUUCGUUAUCUUUCAAUUCUACGGGUUCAACAUCGAGAUCUAUGUACUGGACAUCGCUCUGUAUGCGACCUCACAACUUCCCUCGUCUACCCUUCUCCGAGAGCAGGGAAAACUUGUCCCGCAAACGAAUACACGGAAUGAUAAAUGAAAUGAGUGGCACUACCCAUGGAAACCUCUUGGUAGUAAUUGGUCUCUGGGAGCAGAUUGAAUGUUAAAUGGAGGGCCUGCUAGCUGGGAAGAACCGCCUGCUGGACCCCGAGUAUUACGAUAGUUUGUUGACUGAUAAUACUACGUUCACAAGGUCCAAAAAGUACUUCUGGGCUAUUGAAUUUCUCAUAGAAGCCGAAACUAAUGUUCUGGACAACAUCAAUCAAGCGAAGCAUUUCGUUAAACCCAUGAGUUCGAAUCCCUCAAGUGGUGAGAUUAGUCGAAGGGUGUUUGUGCUAAGAUUGAAGAAGCACAAUACCGCUAUCCAGAAGUUGGCGAGUCUAAGGAAAGGCUUUGUGAAAAAGCAGGAAGAAGCGAAAGUUCUUAGAGAUGGGCGCCAACGCUGUGAUGAAAGUCGAGCAUUCACGCAACUGGGGGAGAAUAUCAAGAUUCUCACAUACGUCAGCAUAUUCUUCCUCCCAAUAACAGUGUGCAUUUCGUUCUGGAGUAUGAGCGAUUCCCUUUCUUAGUCUCUCUUCACUCGCAAUCGUAACUCCGGUUGUCGUUCUUGCAACAUAUGCCAUGGUUUUGAAUCUGGACAGAAUCAUCCAA